AUGUGGAGGAAACGGUCGUGGGGCUGCCACCGCCAAGAGUGGUUGGUUGCACGUAUAAAAGGGAGUUCGGUGGGCUACGAUGCCGUCGGAGUACGCGUGGCAUCAAAGAUGUACUCGAGGAGCAUAUGGCGCGCUAGAGCAGUGCCUCGUAUGCUAACGGCGUCGCGGUCUUUUAGCGCGCGGGCGGCAGCGAGCACCGGAUGGCGGCUUCUGUCUUCGCGCGCCGGCGCCGGCGCCAUUCUUGGCGCUCUUGGUGUUGGGGGAUACUUAUACUACGACCAAUUACCGACGCGUCAGGUGUUCCCGGAGCGGUCCACGACGCCCCUGGCGACACUAGAGUCACCUUUGUACGGCGGGGAAAAGGAACUGAAACUGGCGGUGCUUGAGAUACAGAGGGAUAUUGGCAAGGAAAAUGUGAAUGCACAGGAGGCCGAUCUGGAGCUUCAUACGGACAAUCAGCUAAACUAUACACGUCCGAGAAAGGACUACAAGCCCCGGUAUGUUGUCUAUCCUCGGUCGACAGCAGACGUCAGUGCGAUCAUGAAAAUCGCACAUAAGUACAGCAUUCCUGUGGUUCCAUACUCCGGGGGGACAUCUUUGGAGGGACACUGGUAUUCUACUCGAUGCGGCAUUGUGCUGGACACGUCGCGCAUGAACAAGAUUUUGCGCGUCAGCCCCGAUGACCUGGACGUGACGGUACAGGCAGGCGUGGGUUGGAAGCAGUUGAACGCAUACUUACAAGGGCACCCCGGCUUGGAACAUCUUAUCUUUGGAUGCGAUUGUGGGCCAACUGCUCAUAUAUGCGGUAUGAUUAACACGAAUGCAUCGGGGAUGAAGGCGACUAAAUUUGGCCCGAUGAAGAUGAAUGUAAUAUCAGUCACUGCGGUGCUGGCUGAUGGGACAGUUAUAAAGACCGGGCGUCGGCCGCGGAAGACCAGUGCAGGCUAUAACUUGACGGGCUUACUGGUGGGUAGUGAGGGUACGCUUGCAGUGAUUACAGAGGCCACACUGAAGCUUCAGGUAAAGUCACCCAGCGAGACCGUUGCAGUGGUACAGUUUCCCACUCUUACGAACUGUACGAAGACAGUCUCAGAGAUAUUUAAGAAGGGAUUUCAGCUGAACGCUAUUGAACUGCUGGAUUCUGAAAUGAUGAAGUUGGUGAACCAUUCGAAGUCCGUCAGCAAGGAAUACAAGGAAAUCCCGACAUUGUUUAUUAAGGUUGGCGGAAUCAAUAAAACUGUGGUGAAGGAGUAUUUAAAAGAGCUCCGCGCUAUCUGCGACAACCACAAGGCGGCCAGCUUUGAAUUUGCGAAGAGCGACGCUGAAGCAGAGGAACUGUUUACUGCCCGUGCCAACGCAUUGUAUACUAUGCUCGAAUACUGUUAUACUGACAUACACGAGGAUGCAAAGCUAUGGUUUACUGAUGUCGCAGUUCCCCUCUCAAAGCUUGCCUCUACAUUAGAGGAAAUCGAUGAGUUAUGCGAGAAGUACCCUAUGAAGCAUGCAAUGGUCGGUCAUGUCGGGGAAGGUAACUUCCAUUAUAAUUUACUGUACCGUCCCGAGGAGUUAGAAAUGUCCAAGGAGGUCGUUAGCAAGAUGGUUGAUAUUGGUCUUCGGAAUGAGGGAACUUGCACUGGCGAGCACGGAAUUGGCCUUGGUAAACGUCGUUACCUGGAGAGGGAGCUCAGCCCAUCGACACUUGAUAUGAUGCGGAAGUUGAAGUUGGCCCUGGAUCCCAAGAGGAUCUUGAAUCCCGACAAGGUGUUCAAGAUAGACCCGGCCGAUGAGGAUAAUCAUCUGUCCGCGGGUGAACCAAAAGAGUUAAAUACAUAG